AUGGUCCAGCAAUCAAAGAUUCUGAGCACCUCGCUAGGUGCACGACAGCUUUCGUCCGAAGCCACCAACAUCCGAGAGAAGCGAAGCGAUGAUCCAAAUGAUGUAGUUUUCGAGAGCAAGUAUGGCCUACGAACCGUCAUGCUCAACCGGCCGAAGAAGCUCAACUCACUCGAUGCCUCGAUGAUCCGAAAGAUUGUGCCCCGACUAAUCGAAUGGGAAAAGUCUGAUCUCGCCAAUGUUGUCGUUAUGAAGGGUGCUGGCGAAAAGGCUCUCUGCGCUGGAGGUGACGUUACUGCACUCGCCAAUCUCAACUCGGAGAGUGACGACGGCUGGCAGAAAUCGGCACAAUACUUUGCCCUCGAAUAUAAGCUGGACCACUACAUUGCGACAUACAAGAAGCCCUACAUCGCUUUCAUGGAUGGUAUCACUAUGGGAGGUGGUGUUGGUUUGAGUGCCCAUGCUCCUUUCAGAAUCGCGACCGAGAAGACUGUCUUUGCCAUGCCCGAGACUACAAUUGGAUUCUUCCCCGAUGUCGGCGCUUCGUUCUUCCUUCCUCGAAUGAACGGAUCUGUCGGAACUUUCCUUGCGCUUACCAGCGAGCGACUCACUGGCCCCAACGUCUUCUACUCGGGUAUUGCCACCCACUACCUGCAUUCUACCAGCUUGCCUGAUCUAGAGGCACGUUUAGCCGAACUGCGGUUCCGGGACAGCGACGGUCUGUCUGAACGACUGGCACUCAUCAACCAAACUCUUGAAGAAUUCUGUACCGGUCUUCCAUACGACCAGCCCAUAACCUUGAGCGGCGAGAUUCGCCAGGCAAUCGACCGAUGCUUUAACAAGCACACCAUCAGUGAGAUCAUUGCUGCCUUGCAGGCUGAGCGGGGUCCAACUGAGGAGUGGGCGCAGAAGCAGCUCAAGACUCUACACAAGCGAUCACCUACAGCUGUGCAUGUGGCUCUUCGCCAGAUGCGUGUAGGCGGUGAGUGGGACAUCGCUGAAACAUUUAAGAGGGAGCACCAGAUUGCCACCAAGUUUAUGCAGCAUCCCGACUUCACCGAGGGUGUAUCAGCACUGCUCAUCCGAAAGGAGGCGCCUAAGUGGCAGCCCGAGUCCCUCGAGGCGAUUGGAGGCACAAACGUGGCCAAGCCCUUCUUCGAAUACGACUCCAAUAAUGAACUAGCCCUUUUCACUGAUCGCACAUUCAAGGAAUACCCCCACCGGGAACUUGGUGUGCCAUCCGAGAAAGAGAUCGAACAGAUUCUGUCAAGGGGCACAUAUACCCAGGAGCAGCUGGCCAACAAAAUCGUGUCCUCACGCAAUGGUCGCCAAGGCAUCGCCGAGGUCGCCAGAGAGAUUAUCGCUCGCAAGACGGCAGUGGAUGACCAAGGCAAGGCUGUUUGGAUGGCGGAUGAGUCGCUCCCUGGAAGCCGGUUGUAA